AUGCAACAAAAUAUAAACAAAAGUAUACAUUACUAUAAUACUAAAGGAAGAUUUCAAAAAAAUAACAAACAACUAUUAAAUGAAAUAAACAGAUUAUGUGAAGAUCUUAUUGAAGCCAAAAAAGAAGCAAAAGAAGCAAAUCAGAAAUAUCUCAAAAUAAAAGAAAAAUUAGAAAAAAAAAAAGAACUUCAUGCUGAAACAAAAAAAGAAUUAAAAGAAGUUGAAGAUGAACGUAAAAAACUUAUAGAUCAAAAUAUAAAAGAAAAAGAAAAGAAUAAAGAACUUGAAAAAGAAAAUAAAAGAUUAGAAAAAACUAUCGAAGAGCUUAAACAUAAUCAUCAAAUUAAGAUUGAUCAACUAAAACAAAAAAUUAAAGAUAAAGAUGAUGAGAUUAAUAACUUAAAAAAUGAACAAAAUAAUAAGAAAGAUUUAACUGAUCUCUAUGAUCAAUGUAAAAGAAAUCAUGUAGAUUACGAUUCUAUAAAAGACCAAUUAGAAAAAAUUACAAAAGAUAAGAAUAAACUUGAAAAAGAAAAUGAAGACUUGAAGGAUAAAAUGAACGAAAAAGAAAAAAAGAUUGAUGAGAUAAAUGAUAAUGUUAAAGAAAUUUUUAGUGUAGUUAAAAAUUUACCACCUACAUUAUUACGUGAAAUAAUUAAGGAAAUAGAAAAAAAUAAUCAUGAAAUAGUUGAUAUUAAAGAACAAAUAAAAGGAUUGCAACGAUUAUCUAGAUGA